GAGACCCGCGUCUUGACGCUCGAUCGCUCGCGCGCUCGACGCACGAACACUUCGCGCGCGCGCACCGAUGCACGCCCAAGCGCGCACCGCGCGCGCCGUCGACGUCGCGCGAACGACGUCCAAAAAGCAAAAGCAUCACAGCCAACGCGCGGUGUCCGCGCGCGCGGCGGCGACGAGCGAGACGACGACGAGCGUCGGAGUGAGGAUAGGAAGCGCGAGCGUCAAAGGGACGGUUCGUAAGCAAAACGAGGAUCGAUUCUCGACGUACGCGCCGAAGACGAAACCCGAAGACGGGACGCCGAGCUUGAUCGCGAGCGUCUUCGACGGUCACGGAGGCAAAGCGGUGAGCGAAUGGCUGCGAGAAAACUUGAACGAGUUCAUUCUGGGGGAGUGGAAGCAGGCUGAUUUUCCACUCGACGCGCUGCGAACGGCGUGCUUGAAGGCGGACCAGGUUUUGGUGGCGCCGCAGGAGGGAUUUUUCGCGUCGUUUGGCGAGCGAGGCGUCGGCGGGUCCAAGUGCGGGAGCACGGCGGUCAUCGUGGCGUUGUAUGAGGAGGGCGGUUCCAAGCGCUUGGCCACGGCGAACGUUGGCGAUGCGCGUAUUUUGUUGGUCCGCGAUGGGAAGGCGUUGCAGUUGAGCGUUGAUCACGUGCCGGAUGACGAAGCCGAGCGCAAGCGCAUCGAUCGCGGCAACCCGAACUUGCGCCAGUCGCUCGUGAAGUUUACCGAAGGUUCUUGGCGAGUCGGUGGUGUCUUGGCGCUUUCGCGCGCGUUCGGUGAUUCCUUCUUGAAGGAAAGCGGUCGCUUCGAAGGCAUCGGCGAGAAGAACGCGGAUUAUGGCAGUGGAUUUGGCUUGAACGCCGAGCCGGAUUGCUACAUUGAGCAAAUCACGGCGGCCGACUCGUGGGUCAUGCUUUCCUCCGAUGGUUUGUUCGAGAACCCCGAACGCGGUGGUGGUGGCGGUUGGACGAACCAAGAGAUCGCCGAUUUCUUGACCUCGGCGCCCGCGGACGCGGAGCCGGAGACGCUCGCGAAGGAGCUCAUCGCGCAAGCCGUCGCCAAGGGUAGCACGGAUGACGUGACGGUUCAACUUUUGCGCCUCUGAGCGCGUUCGCGCGAGCGACGAUCACAGUAGGAACCCCAUCGACGAUCUCGACGAGUUGUUUUGCAAUA